GUAACAAAGAAGUUUCGUGUUCGGCAAAUACUUGAAAAUGGUGUCAGGUAUCCCGGAUUUAUCAAUAUCAGAAUAUCAGUUUAUAAAGACGAUUGGCAAAGGAUCAUACGGAGAAGUCUGGCUAUGCAAACAUAAGAUCGAUACAAAAAAGUACGUCAUUAAAAAAAUCGAUGUUACAAAAUCUUCUGAUAAAGAAAGAAAAGCAGCUAAAUUAGAAUGCCGGCUGCUUUCUGAGUUUAGACACCCAAAUAUUGUUCAAUAUAAGACCUCUUUUGAAUAUCGCGGAUUCUUGUAUAUUGCAAUGGGUUUUUGUGAAGGAGGUGAUCUUUACACAAGACUUAGAAUGAGAAAUGGGGUUCUUUUAUCUGAACGUGUUCUUGUUGAGUGGUUUGUCCAGCUUGCUAUUGCCUUACAGUAUAUGCAUGAGAGAAAUGUAUUACAUCGGGAUCUUAAAACUCGAAACAUAUUUCUCACACGGUCGAAUAUUGUCAAACUUGGAGACCUUGGGAUAGCUAGGCACAGAGUGUUAGAGUCUUCUAAUUCAAUGGCUACAACCUUAAUUGGAACCCCCUACUAUAUGUCACCUGAGCUAUUUGCCAAUAAACCUUAUAAUCAUAAAUCGGAUAUAUGGGCUCUAGGUUGCGUUUUGUAUGAGAUGUCUACUCUUCGGCAUGCCUUUAAUGCUAAAUCAUUCAACGCACUAUCAUAUAAAAUUUUAAGCGGAAAGGUUCCAGAUAUGCCUACUCAAUAUAGUCCAGAACUUCUUGAACUUAUGCGUGCAAUGUUGCACUUGAAACCAGAGAAACGUCCAUCAGCGAGACGCGUUUUAUCUAAUUCAUUCAUAAGGAAACAUAUUGUUCUAUUUCUGGAAGCAACUAAAAAUCGCCCAAAUCACUCCCGAAACCAUUCAACCACUGAAGAUGAAGUACAAAACACCAAUCAACAUUCAGAAUGCGAAACUGGUGUGCCUUCAAUAACUAAUCAAUCAUCCAAUGAAAUAAAAAUGAGCAAUGAGAAAAGAACAAAUCAAAUGGAACAGCAACCAAUUAUCAUACAUAACGAACAAAAUUGUGAAAAAAAUUCACAGUCACUAUUAAAACAAACCUUGUCUGUUGACCGAAAUGAUAAAGUUUUUGCAAAUUCAUCAAUGGAUGAAUCAAAAGUUGAUUUUUCAAUCAACAAUGUACCAAAAGAGUUAAAUCAAAGUAUUAAGAUAUCUGUAAAUACAUAUAGACAACAUGAAAAACAGAUUAAUGAGAGUAUUGUCAAUUGUAUUGAUGAACUUAAAGAUGAUUCACUUCAUAGACAUUUAUCAGAUGCUCGAUUACGUCGUCGUCAACGACGUCGAAUGUCUGAAGUUGAAGGAGAACAACAUCAUAAUCAUCAACAAUUUAAACAUGAAUAUCAUAAAGAAUCAAUUAAAACGAUCAAGUCUCCAAGAUCAAUUCAUGAAAAACAUGAUAGUAACAAUUCAAAUUUAAAAUUACACAAAAUUUCAAAAUUUCAUUUUCAUUCAUUUUCUAUAUUACCAGUAUCUAUGUUACCUAAAUUACAUCAAAAUAUUUAUCAAAUGAAAAGUAGUAAUUCAAUCACUGAUCUAAUAACAAAACAUAAUUCAUUAAAUAAUGAUUAUUCAAAGGUGAUAGAGAAUCAAAACAAUGAACAAUCAUUAACAAAUCAAAUUAUUCAUUGUAGUAGUAGUAUGAGUUCAACUCCUGUCAUAACAAUUUGUUCAUCACCAGGUAGUGCUCAAAUGAAUAAGAACUUUCUAGAAUGUAAAUCGAAUUCUAUAUCACAAAUGAAUCAACCUAAUUGUGAUGAAAUUAAAAGCGCCAAUCCUUUGAAUCAGAUUUCAUCAAGUGAUCAAUUUAAAGAUAUUUUCAGAAAAGAAAAAUUGUAUAAUAAUAUACAGGCAUAUUCUAUAGAAGAAGAUAAUAGAGAAAAUGAUAUUCAUAAUGCAUUAGUACAUCAAAAUGAUGAUAAAGAAAUUCAAGCUGUUGUAAAUUGUUUAGCGGAUACUUUAAAAGAUGGUUGUCAUCCUGGUGCACCUGAAAUAAUUCCACGUUGUAAAAAUGAUAACAAAAUACCAACUGUAUUUGUUAAUUCAAAUAAUUGUGUAAGUAAAAAUCAAAAGUUGUUAUUCAAGCCUAAUUUAGAGGAUAAUGGACCAAUUGAACCAAAAGAAGAAACGAUCAAUCGAUCUGUACAUUUAAAACAACAUUUUAUAGAAUUACAAAGAGAGUGUAUAAAGAAUGUGGGCUUGAAGAGGCUACAUGAAGCUUACGAAGUUCUUGAUCAAGAUUUAUCCUCAGAAUCUCAAGAGAUAUUAUUAAAGAAAAUACUUGGCAUAGAUAUUUAUUCACAAUAUAUGAGUAAAAUUUGGCAACUUAAACUUCUUGAACAAAAUACUUUUGAAAAAGAAACAUCCAGUUAACAACAAAUGACCAGUCGUAUAGUUAUAAUUCUCUUUUUUUAACGAUAUACAUGUAUAUUAUGUGAACCCUGUGUUUAUUUUCGACAGUCUUUUUAUAUAUACUUUUAUUGUUACUUUGAUACCAUAACUUCGGUUUGGACACCCAUGGCCAGUAUCCCAGCCCUGUUACGAAAUGAAUGAUUUAUGUGGCGUAUAUCUAUUUGGUACCUCCUUGUACCAAUGUUUAUAUGUUUAAAUAAUAAUAAUAAUAUCAUCGGUCCAAGUUGCCAUACCUCACUGAACCGAUGCAUAUGUGUGCCUGAUCCUACGUUGUAACUGACUGACUGACUGAAUACCAUAACUUGAACACAUUAUGAGCAUAUGAGUAAUUUUCCUUUACAUUAGGUACUGAUUGAACUGCAAAUCUUAUGAAACAUUCAUUAUAUUAUGUCAUCAGUUGAAAAAAAAUGGAAUGUAUAAGACAAAAUUGUUAAAUUUAUUUAUGGACUAUUGGGAUGAUUUUAUACACAAACAUCAUUUUAUAGUCAAUUUAUGUAACAUUUCUUUACUAUUAUUAUUCAUACUACUUACAAAUGUAAAUGAGUAGAAUAUAAUAUAAGUGAUA